AUGAAUUUCAUGGACAAAUUGCCAACGGUUAUCAGUUGUUGCUUCUGCUGUUUCUUGAGAGCUGGAACUGUAAUGAUAGCCACUUUCUCAUUUAUAAUUGGUAUCCUGUUCGCUCCAAAUGUUUCUCACUCUCCCGGCUACUGGGAUAUGAACCCAGUAUUAUCCAAUUACAGUACAGUUACAGAAAUGACAGUGCAGAUGGUUUUGGGUCUCGCUUCAAUCAUGCUUUGUAGCGUCAGUAUCCUCUUGCUGAUAGGAGCUUGUUGUAACAUACCAAAACUAAUCGAGAUAUAUCAAUGGGGUGCGAUCAUUUACAGCAGUACUGUUGUAUUGAUGUUCUUCAUACUUUCUAUGUUCUGUUUCUUCGUACACACAAACUGUUAUUUGGCUGCCGGAGUUCUGUGUGUUUUGAUAGUUUGUGUUGUACUAUUUACUCUGUACUUUAUAAUAGUGACAAAUAGCUUACGAAUGUCCUUACAAUUCUUGUCCAGCAGUGAUCUAGUGAUUUGA